GGCUAACCAAGAAUCUUGAUAGCCUAUUUUGAGUACUGUGUCUACUUUGAAACCAAAUCACAAUGUCUGCACGCGGAAAAGGUGGAAAGAAGGCGGGAAAGUCACAGACGAGAAGUCAGCGUGCUGGUCUGCAGUUUCCUGUUGGUAGACUGCACAGGUUUCUUAGGAAAGGACACUACGCAGCUCGUAUAGGAUCUGGUGCACCUAUCUACCUGGCGGCUGUGCUCGAGUAUCUGACCGCUGAGAUUCUUGAAUUAGCUGGCAAUGCCGCAAGAGACAAUAAAAAAUCCCGUAUCGUGCCACGUCACGUCCAAUUGGCAGUCCGAAACGACGAAGAAUUGAAUGUACUCCUCUCUGGUGUGACCAUCUCGCAAGGUGGCGUCCUUCCCAAUAUCCAUUCUACCUUGCUGCCUAAGAAAUCUGGAAAGUCGAAGAUGCCUCUGUCUGCCAAUGGAGCGAGUCAAGAAUUUUAAAUUUCUACCAAUUUCAUGAACAUGUAUCCACCUGCAGGACAGGACUUUUAUCACAUUUGACUCGAUGUCAAACUACUUCAACUCGCCUGUGUAUUUAUGCCUGCGGCAUUAUCUGUUUAUAUGUAAAAAAAUGUACUUUGUUGUUCUUUUUUAUAAGCAAUUAAAUUUGGAAUUUCCUAAAUGAA